AUGCUCUGGCCCGGGGCACCGGAGCCGCGCUUCGAGCAUGUCGAGGUGGCGGUCAAGUUCUACCUUGCCUCCAGGGCGGGGGUCGAGAGCUGGGACGACUUCAUCGCGCCCAACCCUGCCGACAUCCUGGGGAAGAAGCUGCGGUGGAUGCUGGACCACCAGCUGCUCAUGGGCCAGACGGGCCACAUACGCAGGCGCCUUGCCGAGCUCGCCGACUGCGACGACGUGAAUGUCCGCAGCUCGCUCUGGAUGAACGGCCGCCUCUUCUGCCAUGCGGCCGCCCCGCUGGACGCUCCCGGCUGCGCCCAGCCCGAGAGCUGGCACGAGCGCCUGCCGAUGCUGAGCGCCGACCUGGAAGUCGGCUGGUGGUGCCGCUUCGGCGAGCUGCCGGCGGUCCUGAGCGAGCGCCUGUCCUACGUCAUCCUCCAGAAGCCGUACUGGCUGUGCCCUCUGAGCGGCAAGGGGGGCGGCCGCGACGCGGACCACGGCGGGCUCCUCUCGCGGGGGGAGCUGCUGGGGCUCGCGGCGGGCUGGCGCAGGUUCCAGUACAUCCGGG